UAGGUCCAAUCGAUAUCGAUAACAAAGUAAACCGGAAUCGGUGUGGCAAGUUUUGAGCAGAAUUGUGAAAGUAAAUAAAUAGUUAUUCCGAGAAUAAAUAGCAAAAUGCACGAACAACCACUGAAGGAGGUCACCCAGCUAAUCCACGCCAUCAAAGUGGGAUUGGUGGAGGGUUCCUACAAUAUAACCAACAAGACGCUGGACAUCUUCAAGUACAUCAUUAUGAGCAAAAGCUGGCAAAACGCCGAUGCCCUCAUGCAAAUAGUCCGCGCCCAGUGUCGGAUCCUGCAAUCAGCUCUGCCCCAGGAGACGGUGUCCUCAAACAUAGCCAGGCGGAUCCUGAAACUUACCCGCGAGGAGUUUGAUCUGCUGCAUGCGAAGGUCCAGCACAUUGCCGACGACUCGCAGGCCUCGCUGUCGCUGCACAAACUGGUAACCCAGACCAGUGAGAGCAACGUGAUGAGUGACUACACGGUGCCACAGCAGGGGCUAAGAGAAGCUCUGCUGGAUCACCUGCAAGAGGUGGAAACGGAGCUGGAGACCAGCUCAGAGAACAUCUGCGUACAGGCCGAGGAGCACAUCCACUCGUCGGAGAUCAUUCUGACUCUGGGCCACUCGCGCAGCGUGGAAAACUUCCUGAAGCGAGCCAUCAAGAAGCGCCAAUCCCUUACCAUCAUCGUUGCCGAGUGUGCACCGGCCUGUCGGGGUCACAACUUGGCUGCCAGCUUGGCGAGUGAGAAGAAUGUGGAGAUAAUUGUGAUCCCAGAUGCGGCCAUCUUUGCGAUGAUGUCGCGCGUCAACAAGGUCAUCAUUGGGACGCACAGUGUCCUGGCCAACGGUGGACUGCGGGCGGCUUGUGGUGCGUACACGGUGGCGCUAGCGGCCAAGCACUAUUCGGUGCCGGUGAUCGUGCUGGCGCCCAUGUACAAGCUUUCGCCGCUGCACCUGUGCGAACAGGAUGCCUUCAAUAUGGUGGGCUGUGCCGAAGAUGUUAUACCCUACGAUUCCAUUCCUGCACGGGAAGCUAAGGUCUACAGUCCCAUGUUCGACUAUGUGCCACCGGAGCUGAUUACUCUGUUUAUAUCCAACACCGGUGGCCACGCCCCCUCGUAUGUGUACCGCCUGCUAACGGAACUGUAUCAUCCUGAGGAUCUGGAGAUUUAAACUUGGUCGCUUUUCCCAAAGUGCCAUUAAUCGCUUAUUUUGUUCAGCUUCAGCUCAGUUCAUGUAUUUUGAUAUUUUAAAUUAAAACACUAGCUUGAGUAUAA